CCACUCCAAACCUCCCUCUCUCGAUCUCGACCUCGCCCCUUCGACCGCAAGCCAUCCCGCUCCCUCGGUAAGCUUCCAAGCGGAGUCCGGCGGCGUCGAGUCGAAUGGCGGGCAAGUCGCACACGCGCAAGGCGUUCCUCCUGUGCAACUACGUCCUCAUGGGCGCCGCUUCCAGCUGCAUCUUCCUCACGCUGUCGCUGCGCCUGCUGCCGUCCCCGUGCGGCCUCCUCCUGCUCUUCCUCCACGCCCUCACCGCCGUCUUCUCCGCGGCCGGCUGCUCGGGCUCCUUCACGGCGCCCGCCACGCCCGCGCAGUGGCACAACGCGCACACCGCGGGGGCCGCGCUCACCGCCAUCUUCCAGGGGGCCGUCGCGCUGCUCGCGUUCACCCGCACCUCCGACUUCCUGGCCGAGCUUCAGUCCUACGUCCGCGACGAGGACGGCGCCGUCAUCCUCAAGAUGGUCGGGGGCCUCGGCACCGCCAUCUUCGUCCUCGAGUGGGCCGCGCUCGCGCUCGCCUUCUCCCUCCGCCUCGAUGACGACGACGACGACGACCUCCAGGCCAAGAACCGGCAGCCGUACCAUGUCUGAUCGUCCGCUGGUGUUAGCUCCUUCAGAAUGAUAUAUGAACAAGAUUCGUUGAUUCUUUGCCGUCUGUUAGUAUGUACUAUUGCUUUUUUUUGGUACUACUGUGCCUGUUCAACCAAAAUUGUUAAAUGCCAAAGCAAAUAUACAUUGCUUUUUGUUGCCUUUGCUACUACUUGCAUGCACAUUCAUCAGAUUUGAUGCAAACAGGUUGUAAAAACAAAUUUCUGAGAAAAUCUGUCAUUUGAU